AUGGUACUGUUGGUGUCUGAUCUGACCCCUGUCCGGGUGCGAGGAAAAAGGAGGCCGCUGCCGGACACGCCGCCUAGCGCUGGAAAGGGACUCAAAAAGCGAAAGCUACGCCGCACUCGGCCGCAGGGUCAGAAGAAGUUCUCCCGUCUCGAGUUGCUCCCCGCCGAAUUGAUCGAGCAUAUAUUUGUGGAAUGUCUGGAUUUCAGCUUUCCGCGUGCGUCACCCGUUCUCGCCUCUGUUCUCUCCUCGGAACGAUUGUACCGUGGCUUAAUUCUGCUAGCCUUCUGGAAUGACCCUGCGCCUGAGAAUGCAUCUACAGCACUUGUCCAUCGCAAGUUCCGACCAGUUCGCUAUUUUCCCAUGGAUAUCUCUAAUCGCCAGAGUUUCCAACGCUUGGUACUAAACUGCAAGUGGUGCACAUCUGAGCGGUUCGAGAAUCAGAUUACGGAAUUGGUGAAUUUGUCACUCUGCCGAACCAUCUUUAUUGACGGCGCUUACAAGUCUGAUUGCGGCAGUUUCCCGCCCGGGUUAGGCUUUGUAGCAGACUCGACUAAAGCUGACGCUGCCGGUAUCAUAUCCCGCUCGAUUAAUCCGCUGGGCAACCAGGGCGAAUAUGACCUGUCCCGGCAUUCCUCAGUUCUCGUGCUGUCAUUCCCGGACAAACUUCUUCGUGGCGAUCCGUGGACGAACGACAAAAUAUACUUUUUAGAGCUUCUUCGACGGUAUUUCACCAAUCCAGAAGAUCAGCCUGUACCCUGGACCUCGUGUGUGUCACAAGACAGUCUACAGGAGGGCAUCCUUUCUGCAAUCCUAGAACACAAUCACCGGGCAUUGCUUAAUCUGUUAGCACUGGGGACUCUGUGUCAUAGUUAUGAAUUUGGUGACCAACCGAUCCCAUAUGCCUUACCGGAAGAGUACUUUGUUAUUGCCUCGCGUCAAGCAGGGUUUGCUAUUCCAAUUCUUAGCCUUCUUGUUCGCGCGGCCUCACUUUCGGUGCCAUCCGACGACCCCGAGCUCACAGAAUGGGCGAUAGAGUCGCAGGAGAGAAAUGAACCAUUUGGGCGUUGGUUUGUACAAUACCUUCGAGAUAUCCCAACAUUCAGAAACAGGAAUAUCGAGAUCUGCAUCGUUGGCGUUCGAAAUUUCUUUCCUGGCUACGAUGGCUUGACCUACAGCACCUUGUUUGGGGACCCUGAACAAGAUUUUUCCUCGGAAGUAACGAAUACGUAUCGUUAUGCUCCAGGAUAG